CACUUUUUCAUUGCAUUAAAUUCACAGCCCUGCUAAUUACUUUUACUUCCAAUCAUAAUACCUACCACAGUUAAUGUUAAAUGUCAAAUUGUCAACAAUCAACUGCUUCUUCAACUUGAUAACACUAAGAGGAUGUCAGAUUUUUAGUGCACCAUUUAUUUCUCUCUCUGACCCAAUCAUUUUAGUGUUUUCUUAAUCGUACAUUUGGUAUGGUACGCGUGGGUCAAAGAUGGAAAACAAAUAGUGCGCUGACAUCCCAACCGGCAACAAGCUUACACGAGUGAGCUGGGUGGGUAAUAUACGAUUCCGAAUGGAACGAUUGCGAACGGACCUUUUCCGGUAACACGAUUGCAAACGUUUUUACCUGCCUUUAAUCGUGCGGUGUUGUCAGAUUUGGUGUUAGUCAAUAACAAAUUUUUAAAUGCCCGAAUGCCCCAGCCUUGACGAAGGUCAUGUAUUUACAGACUAUUUAGUAUCGACAUAUAUUCCACCUGAUGCAUUAUUUCCACCAUAUCUUUGGGCACAAGAACCUUCAGUAAAUCCAAGAACUAACAAUGGCCCAGAGAGCUUUCAUAGGACGUACAGUGGUCAGUUUUAUAGCCCCCAUCCUCCAACACACGUCGUGAUAUCAGUUUUAAAAGAAACACAAGCUCAAAAUUUGACAAUAAUAAAUUCAAUUAAAAACAACGUAUAUAAUCCUAUGGCCAAAAAAGAUAAAUCUAAAAUUGAAUUAACAUUACAAUAUUAUAAUGAUUAUAAAAUACACAAGGAUCUAAUUUUAUAUUUAAGAAAAACUGGAAAUUCCUACCAGGGAAAAAAUUUAAAAAAAGCAAAAAUGUAGAAAACAAUUUUUAAAAGCCGUUAUUUUAUUUAUUUUUCAGCUUUUAACGUAACAUUAACACGUAGAUUUUGUUAUAGUAUUAUUAAUAAUUAUAAUUAAAUAUUAUUUUAUUUUAUUUUAGUUUGUAACGUAGUUGUUGUUUUCAUUGUGUAAUUAAUAUCAAUAGUUUUUAUUUAAAAAAAAUAUUUUGUAAACUUGGCAACGUGGUCUAUAAAAACGUUCGCAAUCGUUCCGUUUUUCAGGUAAAACACCAAAUUCUCUGAUAAGCGUCAUUCGUUCGCAAUCGUGUUG